AUGUCAAAGAUAGCGGAUCCAGACGACCGCGUGAACCUGAUCACGCGGCAUGCAAGAGGACCCAAUGUUCUUCCCAACUUCGCCUUCUUCACUCGUCUGCUGCUUUUCGCGGCGAAAGAAACCAAAACCAUCAUUCGUGACCUGAACGCAGGCGUCUCGGCAAAUCAUGUACAACUGCUCACGGAUGCCAUAUAUGCUCGUGAUGAGAUUCUGCGGGUUAUGGACACCGAGACAAGGCAAAAGCUGGACAGCGGGCAGGAAGUGUAUAUCAUUCUACUGGCACCAGGUAGCUAUGAGUACGUGGUGGGGUUCCUGGCUAUCGUUACGCUUGGUGCGGCGGUGGUGCCAAUAUACACCAAUCUUCCUGUGAAAGAGAUGAAGUAUUACGUCCAGAAGACCAACGCAUCCCUCAUGCUGUUCGGUUCCAGCUGUGCCAAGAAAGCGGAGGAACUUGCGCGCACGAUGCUACAGUCUGCUACACUUUCGUCUUUCAAAUCUGUCCCACUUCAAUGUCUCGUUGGACGGCCGACUUUGCAACCGGCCGACUUCAGGAUUGACGACAGAGGCUUCCUUGACCUUAAUGCCCCGGGUUUGGUGAUCUUCACCUCAGGAACUACUGGUCCACCCAAAGCCGCUGUGAGAAGAAGAGGAUAUCUCAGCGAUGGAACCUUGGCUUUAGCCAGCGAGCUCGGGAUCACGAAGGAUGACACACUGCUUCACUGUCUUCCGGUUCAUCACGCAACAGGCAUCAAUGUCAACAUACUCCCGAUCUUGCUUGAAGGCGGCUGCAUCGAAUUCAAGCCGGGCAAUUUCGAUCCGGCUUUUGUGUGGAACAAGUUCAAAGAAGGAGAGCUAACAGUCUUCUCUGGCGUGCCCACGAUGUAUGCCCGGCUGCGGGAGUACUUUGAUCAGAAUCUGGCCUCGUUACCUCCUGAGCAGCUCAAGCCAUAUGUCGAGGGAGUUCAGAGGCUACGAGAUCUCUGGUGCGGGACGUCUGCUCUGCCUUUACCUCUGCAGACCUGGUGGACGGAAUUCAGACAGCAACGGCCCAUUCUGUCACGUUAUGGAAGCACCGAGUCGGCUCUCAGCAUCAUGACACUGCCAAGAUCCAUCGAUGUACCUGACAACAGCGUUGGGUCCGCCGUGGCAGGCGUUGAUGUCAAGCUGAGCAACGGCGAUGAAGGGGAAGUGUUGGUUCGUAGCCCUCACAUGUUCUCCAAAUACCUUGGCGAUCCCGAAGCUACCAGAAAGGCCCACGAUGCAGACGGCUUCUACAAGACGGGAGACAUUGCGGAGAAGCGUGGGAAUAACUACUUCAUUCUCGGUCGUGCUUCGAUCGACAUCAUAAAAACAGGCGGCUACAAAGUGUCUGCAUUAGACGUCGAACGAGCGCUGCUGGGUUUACCGUAUGUUGCAGAAGCAAUGGUAGUAGGAGUCGAAGAUGACACGUACGGCCAGCGGGUUGGUGCAGCCGUUGUUCUCAGACCGGGCCAUGAUGGUGCUACGCCGAAGAUCAGUCUGGCGGGCAUGAGGAAAGAUCUUCGAGACAGCCUUGUGGCCUACAAGAUGCCCACACUUCUUCGCGUAGUACCGGUGUUGCCGAAAUCGCCGACGGGCAAAGUCUCCAAGAAGAUCCUGGGUCCACAGCUGUUUUCGCCUCAGAAGGCGGAACCCGAAAAGGCUCGACUCUGA